AAACACAAUAGUAGACUGUCUGGAGGUUAAGGGGAUUUAAUUCGCUAAUUCUACAUCCUCUCAAAAGUCAAAAUGUAUGACCAGUUUCUUUGGACGACGUACCCUAGCACCUUGGGACCUUCAUGAUAGCCUUUAUCCCGUAUCAAUCUCAGCAGCAAGAAAGUACCGCCGGGUUUGAAGCCGGUGUAGGUUUUGUCGUUUUGUGAUGGCCAUAAUCGAGACUUUAUUACCUGGAAUCCAGUCAUUUUUGUCAGUGGAUUUAAGUACUAUACAAUUACCUCCCCAUGUAGAGCAAAAACGUCAGAGAUUCCUUGAACUUAUUGAAGUUCUUAGUUUAGGACCUAUACCUCCAUUACCGAAAAAUAGUCAUAUUACAACAAAUCCUGUUACAAUCAAUACUGUUACUGCUGGAUGUCAUGGUAGUGGUGAUAUUAUUGAUACUACUAAUACCAUUACCACUACUAACAAUAAUAAUUGUAAUGUGACAGUGUUACAAAGAAGACCAUUAAGUAGUAGCAUUGCACGUUUCUUUUCAAAUAAGCGUUAUUCUCUUCCUCCUACGAUAAGCUGUCCAUCACCACCAUCUGUUCUCAUAGAUUCGUUCAAAACACCUGUUACAACAACUUCUGGUACAUCAGUUGAUAAGAGAAAUUCACAAGUUUCCAAUAUAUUUCAAUCAUCAUCGUCAUCAUCUGGUCAUUCAAUCCAUGGAAUUUCAUACGAAUCACCAUCAGACAAUAAGUCUGCUCAUAGUUUUGAUAGAACAAGAAAUUCACUUAUAACAUCAGUUUCAUCUUCUUUUCCGCCUCCUUUACCACCAAAAAAGUCACAACUACAUAAGUUAUUUUGUAAAUUAGACGAUCCAUAUGAAGUACCAAAACAUGCCACAACAGUAUUAGUGGCUAACACCAACACCAUUACUGCUGCAGAACCAGCAACCAGUUUAACAUCAUCAUUAUCAGCGUCAUCAACAACCACACCUAUCCGUUCGAAAUCAUCAAUUACAUCCACUAACGGAUUGUUAUACAGAAAGAAACAAUUCAAUCGAUUGUCAUUAUCACCUCAAUUAGAAAUUAUUCAAGAUAAAAAAACUAACUCAACUGUUCCACAUGAUUGGCUUGACAAUAAUACUGCAGUUAGUGAAGUGACGACAACGCUAGUCGAUUCAGUUGGAUUAUCGGACACAAUUCAUACUAUCAAACAGGAUAGGACAUUAGUAUUACCAAAGAAAAAUGUAACUGGCUGUCAAGCACGUCGGCCGAGCAGUUCUUUAACUGAUCCGAUAUGGACAUUAGCUGGUAUACUGUCACAUCGUUAUAAAUCAAAUAAAUGGAUACAAUUGAAUUUAUGUCUGUUAACAAAUAAUUCAAGAUUAGUUGCUUAUAAAACUGGUCACUCAAUGACACCAUCAUUAGCUUUAUUCUUAUACGGUUCCACUGGUAUUUAUUCCGGUCGUGACAGUGGUAUGGAACAUGUGAUUAAAAUAGUACAUUCUAGUCGUGAAAUUAUUGUCUUGGCUGCACCUACAGAAGAACAAGCAUUGAUUUGGGUUCGACAAAUCAACCAGUACUCUCAAGGUUCUAUACCAACGGAAGUUUGCUCAUUUCUACCACAUUUGAAUGUCCCAAAUUCCGUCAAUACUCAAACGUCUCCUACUACUUUUACUAAUAAUACUAACAAGAAUACAACUGACCGAAACUUCACAUCUCCACAGUUAUCAAGUUGCAAUAAUCGUUCUUCUAUGGAUGUAACUGAUUUACAGGCUGACAGUGAAUUUUUAACUUUAAACAAAACAAUAUGUAUUGAUUCAAUUCCAUCUGUAAAUCCUACAAAAAGUCCAUCAUUUGAUAACCGUAAUGUUGGCCUUUUAAUUAGUUCUUGUGAAAUUAAUUCUCAGCGUAAUCGGAAAGCAGAAAAAUCUAUGACAAACCACAGAAUAACAAAUCCCAUUGAUGAUGUUAUCAAUACUAAUGACUCUUCCCUUAAUGGUAGUGGUAUGACAGAUUCAAUUCAUCAUUGUCUCUCUUCUAGUGUUGUAAUACCAUCUAGACCUUUAUCAUCGAUGACGUUGUCGUCUGUAUUCGAUUCAAGUACGAUAAGUAUAAAACAGAAUUCACGUCGUAGUAGUUUAAUUUCAUCAAUGCGUCGUAAAGUAGAAUCGUUUAGUUCUAAACGUCGUUUACGCAAAUCUUUACCACAAUCUUUACAACCAUCAACUAAUGGUUAUUCGAACGUAUCUCAAAAUGAAAUGGUGUUAACAGGACAUAGACGAAUGCUAAGUGAUGGGCAGUGGAAAAAUAAUUUAUCUAGCUCAAAAUUUUCAUCAGUUCAAUGUCUUCAACAACAAUCACAGCAUAUGAUUUCAUCACCACCGCUACCACCUCCUCCCGCUGCUUGUGUAUGGGACUCAUCUGGGAAUUCUGGCAAAGGAUUUGGUUGGUCCCAUUUAGUAUCAGCUGGUGUGAGAUUUUUAAAUCAACACACAACACCAACAGUUAUCCCAUCUUCCACAAAUAAUGGUCGACCUCGAUCUGUGCGUUAUGAUUCUUCAGCGGCAACAUCGGAUCUUUUCUCUUCACAGAUAUGCUUGACAUCAAAUUAUGGUCCAUUAUUGGAUUUAAACACAAUAAGGUCCCAUUCUACUGCUCCAUAUACUAUUGAUGCAUCCAAUGAUAAUCACAUAGUCAUAUCAGGUGAUGCUUUUAUUUCUAUACCUGAUCAAGUGCCUUGGACGAUUAAAUGGUGCUGUUUAAAAUUGAAUUGUCUUGAAAUCUAUCAAAAUAGUAGAAAAGAUUAUUAUAGUAAAAUCAGUCAAAAUUGUAAUGAAUAUAUCGAUGAAAAUUAUAAUUGGCCUAUAUUUUCGUUACCAUUGAAUAGUGAUAAAGUUGAAUUAGGUUUGGCUGGCAGUAGUGAUAAACGACAUUCAUCGGCUAUCCGUUUAGCUGUUCCAACCGAGUGUACAACACCAUUAUUGUUUGAUGCUAUUGAUAAAUCACAAAUGGGUUCAUGGAUAAGAGGAUUUAUCCAAGCAUUAGGGCUUGUUGGGCCAAUAGAUGUUGCACAACAGAAGAAUUAUUCUCUACAUAGAAUGUCUUCAAUAGGACCUAAAAACACUGUUCCCCUUCAUCCUCCUUGUGUUAGUGUACAAGAAAAUCAUAUUCAUUCUGUUCCAUUAAUAAAAAAUCAUACUGUUUUACCAUUAACAACAACUAUGAAUCCAUUAACAUCAACAUCACUGAUUCAUCGUAUACCGAAUUCAAUUAUGGAAACAUCUCAAACAUCAAUGUAUUAUUCUGAUAUACAUGACAAUGAUGUUGAUGACGACGUUAAUGAUCUUGUUGAUAAUAGUAAUAAUAGUAAUAAUCCAUUCUUUGUAAAUGUUGAAAAACAAGAAACAUCUUCAUCAAAUAUGGUGAUUUAUGACGAAGUAUGUCCUCCACAACCAAGUUUUGCAACGACGACGAUCACUGCUAAUACUCCUGUUACAUCGUUGUUAUCAUCAACAGAUACCACUAGAAAUCCGCCUAGUUUAUCUAAAAGACGUUGGAGUUCACCUUUGUUAAUUGUUGAUUCAUGUACAAAAUUCCCUGGAUCAUUUUAUUUAUCAAAUAUUGAAUCAAAUAAUGCUUUAUUAACUAACAAUAACAGUAAUAAUAAUAAUAGUCAUAAUAAAUCAUCUAAUUGGCAUAUUAUACCACCACCAAGUAGAAGAUUAUUAGCUCAACCAUUGCCUCCAUUACCGUCAGUUGGACCAAGUACAUGUGAAUCAAUGGCUGGUACAAUUACAAGUGAUGGUAGCUGUACUUCAUCGAAUAUAACACCAGAUGAUUUCGUUGGUUGUGUUGAUGAUGUUAAUGAUGAUAAUAAUGGUUAUCAAGACGAAGAUGAACGUGUAAAACUCAUUAGAUCCAUUAAUAUGAAUUUGGAAACUGAUAACUAUCCGUUGUAUUGGUCGAAGAAAGACAAAACGUCAGACCGCUGUAAUUUGCCAUCAUCCACACUGAAUCGUCGAUAUGCCAGUAUGAGUAGUUUAGAAUAUUCUGUACCAUUCAACGAAUCAUCGACAAGUAUGUAUGACUACAACAACAAUAAUGAUAGUAGUACUAAUGACCAAAAGAAACCGAAGAGGAAGGACGGAAAUAAGAGUAUUUUAAAACAAUUCCUUUCGCAUAAACAAUGUCAUUCUUGGAUCAAUAAUAAUGAGAACAAUAAUGAUAAAGCAGAAAAUAAUAACAAUUCUACACUGAACAUAAUGAAUAAUAGUGGUAGUAAUUCAGUGUGUACAGCACUUAUGACAGAUGGUAUUUAUUCAUCACCCUUGUGCACAGCAUUUACAUUUAUAUCUGAGUCAGAUAAUUCAACUUUGCACAAAGCAGAUUCGGAUCUUGUUACUAGUGAUACUACUAAUACUACUUGUACGACCACUACCACUAGUACAUGUACAAAUGUUUUUAGUAAUGAUGGCGAUAAUGAUAAUAUCAGUCGAAGAAAUUCAGGAGAUGAAGUCAGUUUAUGGAAUGUGAAAGCUGAAAACUUUUUAUGUUCCAGAGAUCCAGCUCUUGUAGAGUAUAUGAAAUCAUCUAAAUUAAUUAGUGCUAGACGAUGUGUUUCUUGUUUAACUGGUAAUAAACCGACAGUCCUACAGAAAAAUUCCAAUAUAGAUGGAAUUCCAAUUUCUUCAUCAACUCUUCCUGUUCGUUGUGGAUCCGAUGACACAGCAACAGCAAUAAUGAAUACAGAAGCGAUUACUAGUGAUCCAGUUUUAUGUCAAAAAUUGAAUAAACAUUGGAAUCGAAAUUCAUAUUCAUCGAAUUCUUCUCGUACAGCCACUUCAUCAGGUGUGGCUCUGACAGCUGAAUUUUCAUCACCAGGUUCUGGUGGAACUACUCGGCCUUCAUCAGUGGCAAUGCCUAACUAUCAUCCUCCUGUAACUCUCGUUGAAGAGGAACAAACUAACAUUGAGAAUGGUCCGAUUCAUGUCCACAACGAUUGGUAUGAUCUUCCUCUGAAUUUAGGACAGUUAAAAGAUACUCGAAAGUAUCAGUCAUCCUCUGAUUAUGGAUGUCAAGUGGAAAUUCCUACUUCUAACCUUUCUAUUCUAAACUGUCACCAAUAUCCUCAUAAUCUAGUGAAUAGUAUGAACGAAAACAACAUCAAGGACUCAGUAACAGUGAAAGAUUCCAUCCCACAUUCUACAUCUUUGACUCUUAUUACGUCACAGCUGGAUGAGAUUAAACAGGAAACAAAUAGUCUACGAUCAAUAAUAAGAAAUCUAUCAUUUCAACUGUCGGAUCAUCUCGCUCGUGAUUGCUGUGAUCAAUGUGUAAAAAAUGUUGAGAGCCUACCGAAAUCCGAUGUUGUUGACAUUUGCACAUCAAAUAGUGAAAUUCUUCUUGAUAAAGGUAAUACUCCAAUUGAUAAGAAUCUUUCUAAUAAUAAUAAUAUUGAUAAUAAUAAUAAUAUGCCCAAUGGUUGUAACAGAAAGGCUGCAAGAAUAGAAGACGAGGAGACAACAGCUAAUUUUUAUGCACGUUUAACUGCUGUAGAAAUGUUGCUUAGAGAUGCUGAAUCUACUGAAGCUCGAUUAGAAAAAGAAUUUAGUCACUUAAUAAUCAAUAAUGAGAAACCAUCAUUGCCGCCACCACCACCACCACCAUCGUCGUUGUCUACGGUCAUUUUCAUGGAAGAUUUAAAACCAGAACAAGAGCAACAAAUCUUGGAUGAAAAAUCUUUGAUGAAUAAAUGUAUUCAGGACAAUGAAUAUGUUUGUUCUCGUUGUAAGAAUAACAAUACAAUCAAUAAUAUUUCACGUAAUAAACAUGGGAAAAUUGAACAUCAAGGCUGUAAAUUAAACUCAUCGUUUGAGCAAAAAGUCAAUAAUACUAUUCCUUUGUCAAGUUACCGUGACCGAAGUCAUAGUGGUCUUACAAGACGACGACAACGACAGAGACAACAUCAUCAUCAUUGUGUUGCUGUUGAUAGUUCCAACUAUUCAAAACCAUCUAAUUGUAAUAUAAUUGAAACUCAAACUAUCGAAUGCUGUUCACAAGUUACUGUAUCAUCAUCAUUAUCUUCCUAGGUUAAUGUUGUUACACAAUCAUUUUCUCUUGUACAUUCACAUUCUAGUUCAUCAUUGAUUUAAGUCUUCCUAAUUUUAUCCCCUUUUCCCUAUUUCUCUGUAUAUUAAUUGCCAUCAAAAUGGGAAGAGAGAGAGAGGGAGGGUAAAGAAUAAAAAUAGACACAUUCACAUUUCAAAGAGCAUUUACUUCUAUUCUGUUUCAAUAAAUUUUUCUUAUUAUUUCGUUUUUUAAUAAUCUUGAUCUUAGAAUUCUGUUUAUCAUUUGAUCAUUUCGGUAUUUCCCCCCCCCACUUACAUGUGUCAUAUUCGUUCCCAGUUGUCUCUCUUCAAUUCUCCACUUUUCUUUUUAACCACUCCUAAUUUUGUAUUUAUAUGUAUCUUUGGAUAGAAAUAAGUAUUUGUCUUCCUGAAUUAGCAUUCGAUUCCCUUUUGUCAUUAUUAUUAAUAAUGCUGAAUCAUCCACUCCGGUUAUACCUUCAUUUUUAAAACAAUGAAUCUAUGCAUCAUUUUAUACAUAGUUCUAAAACUAUAAUGAAAACAUUCCUUUCUGUUUUAAAAUGUCCUGUUUGUUUUUAUUUUUCGCCUUUUUCUUAUAGUAGCUAUCAAUUUGAUGAUAUAAACGUGUAUUUAUGUAAUUUUACUAUUACUACUAGUUAUUUAUCGUUAUGAUCCAUUUUAUGAAUUCUCCAUCGGCUUUUGUCAUUCACAUCCGAUAAUAUCCUUUGCUAGUUCAUUGUUAUAUUAACCAUUUCUCUGAUAUAGAUAUCAAUCAUGAUUGAGAGAAUCAUGUUUUUCUAUUAUUA